GGCCGCAAGCGCUGGGCCCUGUACCCCCCCCACGAGGUUCGCGUGAGUGAUGACGGACUGACAUCCCUGCAGUGGUAUCUCGAGCUGUACCCCUCCCUGCCGCCGGAGAAGAAACCCAUUGAGUUCGUACAGGGACCCGGUGAGGUUGUGUUUGUGCCCGGCGGCUGGUGGCACUGCGUACUCAACUUGGAGACCUCCGUGGCGGUCACC